UUGCAAGAAUUGAUACGAAUACACUAAGGUCCCACUGACCUAUUAUUAAACCACUUCUCCCAUGAUGCAGCGGAGCAGGUGAGAGAUCACUGUUCAAUCCCACCUUGGCAAGCACGUCCCGUGCCCUGUCUGCUUGCAUAUCAAUGUAUAAGUAGUAGGACGAAUCCACCCGUCAUGUCUCCACCGAGGACCUUUUCCUCUCUUUACCAUGUCCAGCUCUUCCGAGGAGAAAGGUAGCGGCUCGACCAGUCAUGAUAAUGAUUCUAUCUCUGUGUACGAACGACCCAAAGGCUUGCGUGCUAUUUACUAUCACCCUUUGACGCAAAUUAUUAUGCUUGGGUUUGUCUGCUUCUUAUGCCCCGGGAUGUUUAAUGCCCUCACUGGACUCGGCGGAGGCGGCCAAGUCGACGCAACAACCUCUGCAAACGCGAAUAGCGCAGUUUAUGCGACAUACGCUGUGUCAGCGUUCUUCUCCGGAACCGUCAAUAACAAGAUCGGUGCUAGGCUCACUCUGCUCUUUGGAACAUUGGGCUAUGCGCUCUAUGUCAGUUCUUAUCUCGUGAUCAAUAUCCACCCUGACGCUGGCUGGUUUCUUGUUACCUCGGGUGCCCUUCUUGGUGUUACAGCCGGAUUCCUGUGGACCGCUCAAGGCUCGCUGAUGCUAAGCUAUUGCACUGAAGCACAGAAGGGCAUCUAUAUCAGUAUCUUCUGGGGCAUUUUCAGCUUGGGAGCAGUCGUAGGUUCUGCCGUGUCCCUCGGGCAGAAUUUUAACUCGACGAGCAAUGGCGUCGGCAACGGCACAUAUAUCGGGAUCCUGGUUCUUACCCUGGUCGGCGUGACGAUCCCGAUGAUGAUGGCUGAUCCAGCCAAAAUGAUCCGGACGGACGGCACGAGGGUCGUCAUGCCUCGCCAUCCAUCGUGGAAGUCCGAAUUCCAUGGCUUAUGGGUCGCGAUAGUCACAGACCCUAUGGUCCUCCUUCUUUUCCCGUUGUUCUGUGCAAGCGCAUACUUUUACACCUGGCAGUUCAACGACUAUAACGCAGCACUCUUUAACAUCCGCGCGAGAUCGCUCAAUAAUUUUGUGCACUGGCUUUCACAGAUUUUUGGGAGCGUGAUGCUUGGAUUCGUGCUAGAUUCAAAGUGGCUGCGGAGGCGCGGGCGCGCGUUCGCGGGGUGGUUCAUUCUGCUGGUUGUCGCAUUCGUCGUGCACAUCUGGGCGUAUGAGUACCAAAAGACAUACACCCGCAGCUCUGUGCUCCUGACGCCAAAAAUGGACAUCUACGACCCGCGGUACCCAGCACAUAUCUGGCUCAUGAUAUUCUACGGCCUGCUAGACGCGAUGUGGCAUGUGAUGUGUUUCUGGCUCAUCGGCGCUAUGAGCAAUGAUACGAAUAAACUGGCAAUUUACUCGGGGUUCUUCCAUUCUAUCCAGGCUGCCGGAUCUGCUAUCGGAUGGCGUUUGGAUGCGAUUAAGCUUCCCUACAUGAAUAUCUUCAUCUCGACGUGGUGUCUCGUCGCCGCGGGUCUGGUGUUCUCCUUCCCCAUGAUCUAUCUACGUGUUAGAGAUACAACGGUGCUCGAGGAUGAGGGCUUGAUCAGGAGAGAUCAGGGGCUGAAUGAUAAUGACAUGAAAGUAAAAGGGGUAGGUGAGGGGCAUGGGAAUGAAAUGCCAUGAGUUCUUGGGUAUUCAUGCGUGUGACGACUCAGAACAUUGAUAGAAUAUCAAGCUUAACUUGGGAUUCAUCGCGUACACGUUCGUGACACUUACUUAGCUACCAUCCAGCGGUUGUCCAGUUUUGACCUAGGCUGCUACGAAACCAACGAUACGAAGAUAGUUAGUUGUGGUCUUCC